UUGAUAUGUAGGAGAGAGAAAGUGAUUUUGAAUUUUUUUUUUCAAAAAAUUUGAACCAAACAAAAUUUUAAAAUUUUCUCAAAAAUUAUAUCUUGAUACAAACCAGACAAACCUUGAUUUUCUAUAGCAUAAUGCUUUGUAGCUCGAAAAACAAAGGCUCGAAUGGCCCAAAAUCUUACUUAUAUUCUCUCUCCUCGCUAUCUCGUGCUCUAUCCUUCUCAGACUCCAAACCAUCUCUGUCUCCUGAUCCCAAGUCACUCUCUACUCAUACAGUAACGAUGACGCCAAAAUCCUCUCAUCCCAAAUCCCUCUCAUCCCUAUGCCGAAAUCCUCUCAUCUUUGUUAAACCUCCAUCUGUACUCAAACACAAAUGACGAACGCCGAAAAAAACUCCUCACCUACCAAUGCGAUGCUUCUUAUACGCUAACAACGCCGGAAACUCGUCAUUACGUAUCAAAAGAAAACGAAUCUGAGAUUAAAAAAUGGCUUCAUCUUCUACUAAUAAUAACAACAUAAGAUUAAAACCAAGAUUAUGUGAUUGUGGAAGAACAACUAUACGAACUAAUGAGAAUGAAAAUCAAAGGCGUUUGUUUUUUGUUUGCCCAUCAAAAUAUAAUACUAAGGAACACUACAAUUACUUCAAGUUCUUCGAUGAUGAUGACGACGACAUUACCUCCACAAUCUGUUCCAAUGCUGGACCUCAGACAACUAUAAGAACAAAAGAAUAUAACGAUCUAAGGAGAAUGCUUGGUGAGAUGGACAAUGAAAUUCUUGAGCAUGGGUAUAAGGCUUCAAAGGCUAGAGCAGAAUUUCAAGGCAAUGACUUGUGUCAUUGUAUUUUGUGUCUUGUUGUACUUUAUCAUCUAAAUGACUCAGUUGCUAGGUUUUGGCCCAUGUUAUGAAUGUAAUAAAAAACUUGUUUUGUAUUUUGUGUCUUUUCCAACUUUAUCAACUAAAUGACUGACUUGUUACAUUUUGGGGAAUAAAAGUGAAUUUUAUGAAAAA